CAACAUUAACUACAAUAACAAUUCUACGCACAAUAUUCUCGCCAAAGGUAUAACAACAGCUGGCACUGUACGUAGUGUCAUGGACUGUAUGCCUUUAAGUGUGGGCGUGGGUACACACCAUCCACACUUGAUGGCCUCCAGCAAUACAGUGAAUGUAACUGUAGCAUCACCCACGGCCAUUGUUGCGGCUGCCUAUCCCCAUCAUCAUCACAUGAACCUCAAUCAUCAUCAUUUGCUGGGUAAUCACCCGUUACCCUACGCCAGUGGCUAUGGCGGUCUUACGAACCAUCACCACCACUCCAGUUCGGGCCCAACAGUGGCGAAUAGUCAUCAUCAUCACCACCAGCAUCAUAUCCACAGUGAACAGACCAAAUCGUUGCAGGAACUGCAGCAUGAAGUUGGGGCACUACUGGAAUUCCGUGAUCUAGUUAUAGAAACAUUUCCCGAUCUCAAGCAUAAAAUGGCGUCAAUAUCAUCGGCAGCGUCGAAUGUCUCUUCGACGGCUGGUGGUGGUGGUAGUGGCAGUGGUGGACUAAGCGGUAACCAGCCGGGUAGUGUGAGUGGUUCAGCAUCCACGACCACGCUGACCAGUGGCUGUACAUUAGUGUCGCGCAGAGAAUGGGAACCGGGCAUCAGGGUUAAGAGGAAAAUCUCUCAGAAGGAAACAAAUCAUCCCUCCGCAACAGACUUGACUUCAUCAUCACUGACCAGGAGUCGCAGUAAUUCGCAUAGCGGGAAAAAAGAGCCAAAGAAUAGUUCAGGUGGCGUGGUGGGUAGCAGCAGCAGUGCUGCCAGUGGGGAAAACAACAACGGUAGUGUAGUCCAAGAUUCAGGAUUCUCAACAGAGACUAGUUCUUCAAAGGAGGGCCACAGCGCCUCCUCAACAAAUGGUGCUCUAACGGGCACCAUUGCUUCAAAUCGUUUGUCUUGUCCCGAAUCAGAUGAUGAGCUUUUAAAUUUACUGGAUGUCAUACACCGCAAAUCGACUCGCUUACGCGAAGAAGUCGAACAUUUGCAAAACUAUGAACGCCAACAUUUGAGACCGAGUGCCAGCGCUGACGAUCACACCGAAGAAACGGCGACUGGUACAAUUGAGGGUGCCACAGGCGGCAUCUCCAAGUCCAGCAGCAGUAGUGCCAAUACAGCUUUAACACCAAAAACCUUCCGCGAACAUGUAGAACGUCUAAAUAAAGAGGACAUACUGCAGUUGCGCCGGGAACGUGAUCGACUGCUGGACAAAUUGGCCGAAAUGGAGGCUGAAACAUUAACGGGCCGUAUAAAGGCCACCAAAAUGAGUGAGCAAGUAGAGGAGCUUAUUAAGGUGAAAAAAGACUUGGAGGAACAAUUGAAGUUGGCAAUGGCACAAAGACUAGAGUUAAACUCUAGAGUGCAACAACUACAACAGCAACAAAACAGAGGUUCCAAUAGCCAAUCGGACUACUCAAGUUCGAGAACUUUUCUCUCCUCUUCGGCUACGACGGUUUUGUCAACCGUCAGUGCAACAUCGUCCAGACAAAAUACAUUCCAACCUGUGGUCGUGGAACAACAGCAUACAAACUCUUCGUCAAACGAACCGUUAGCAUUCCAUCAAAGCCCUGGCAGUGAUAAUAACAAAAAACACAGUAACCAACAGUCGACGUCAUCACAGCAAACGUUUGCUGUGGAACAGUUGGGACGCCUGGAUGGCAUUGUUAGCUCACCGGGAGAAAUUAAGUGUCGUUCGACAGAUUCGAAACGAUUUGCUGCUAUACUCCUGGAGACAAGUGUUAUAGAAUUGCAAAGACAUUUAUUAACAUUGACUGUUAAGAAUCAGAUAUUAAUGCAAAAACUGGAGGCUGCCUCAAAAGCAAAAUGUCAUUUAGUCAAACGUUUAGACAAAUCCAAAGAUGAUGUAGAGGACUUAAGGUUUCAGCUUGAGGAGAAGAGCAUAGAACUGGAAGGAACUAAGGCCCAACUACGUGUCUUAGAAUCUAGACUGCAUUCGAUUACGCCCAGCAGCGGUGCUGCCACCAAUUCCUAUUUACACUCGCAAAACGAUUAUGAAACAAAUCGUUCAUCGGCCUCCACUACUCUAAUGCUAAGCAGGCGUGGUGGCAGUGGCCUGGCCAUGGAGUCUCCUAACGAUAUUCGCUCUUCAACGCCAACUCAGCAGCAGCUGCAUAAUGGACAAAUGCCUCAGCCCAUUACAACGCAAAUUUCAACACCCAGUAUGAAAGCUAUGACACAUUUGCCCAUGGACGAUAUGCAACAUCACAGUAGUAGCACAGAAUCAGCUCAUGAGCAUGAUUCGCAGCAUCCGCAGAAGGAAAAUGAUGUGAUGAGCAGUAGCCAAAUGGCGGCAAGUAAAAUGGAGAAUGGUCGUGAAAUGCGUCAAAUUUUAAUGAGUACCAGUGUGGGUGGGGUCAGUCCAUUCGAACAACAGCUGCAGCAGCAACAUGUGACGGCGAUAAGAAAUCAAGUACAAGCUCUAAAGAAAUUUAGUGGUGUUACCGCUACAAAACCAAGUAAAAUACCAUUGCCUGGUAGUAAGGCGGCUGCCUAUUUUGCGGGGAAACCUCCAUCUGGCAGACCUUCAACCGCUGGUCGUUCACCACCAUCUGCCAACUCUUCAGGUUCUUCGCAAAGUCGUUCGCCUUUAAGCCGCAGCACGGGUAAUCUCUUGUAUUCCAAAUCGCCAAAUAGCUUAAAGCGAGCAGAUUCAGCACAAAGUAUACGCAAAGAUGUAUCAUCGUCAUUUAGCACGAACACAAGUCGUUCGUCCACUUCGUCUUCGAUACCAUUGGCCACAACACCCUAUGGUUCAGCUUCCAAAUCGUAUGGAGGUGGUUCAACGACAACAACAGGAAAUAAUAAUACAACUACUUUAAAUAGUCCGUCCUCAAGAAUUUUACAAAAUUCACCAUUACCAAAACCAAAAAGAGAAUCACUAUCGACAAAAGUCAGGCAUAUGGAUUCUCUGUCGCGUGCUCAUAACCACAGCCAUCAGCAUCAGUCUCACAAUUAUUCCAAUGGAAGUAAUACUAGUGAUAAUACUCCGACAACAGCAACGACGGUGGCCACAUCACCUGUGCCAACCGGUAGUUAUUUGGUUAGCAGUACACCGAAACCCUCAUCUAUAGCAGCUCAAUUGACCACCUCAUUGCGCAAAGAUUUGCAAUUGAGUACGAAUAAUUUCUCGGCUAACCAAGCUCCACCUCCCUUCCAAAGAAGAGCUACCGGCGGUGGACUUAGCAGCAACAGCAGUAACAACAGCAAUCCCGUGGCUACACGACGCUUUAGCAGCGCCUCUGUAAUGGGAGCCCGUGCCGCUCGUCAAGCUGAAAAUGAUUUACACCACAGCAAUAUAAGCGGCAACAGUGUUGCAGGCGUAACAUCAAAUUCCACGUCCUCCCAUGGCAGCGGCGGCAUUGGUGGUGGUAAUGGCGGCACUGCCAGUGAUAGCGAUAGUGGCAAGAAUUUUUCGUAUGAUAAAAAUUAUGGUUAUAUAAAGGAACUCAAAUCGGCCUUAAAUCAAUAUUUUGAAGAAGAUCUGGUAAAAGAUACGACAGAGACACAGACACCUGUACCAAAGAAACCUGUACAACGUUCAAUGUCCAAUAAGGUAACCUUGAGUCAAUAUUUCGAAAAGGAAUUAUUAGAGGAAACCUCAGCAUCGGAACGAAAUCGCAAUAAUUCACUUUUGAUGUACGAAGAUGAGGAUGUUGUGCCGCCAAUGUCAUUGGAAAAUGAGGAGGAAAUCGAUAUUUAUACUUCAUAUGCCUCAUACAUGAGUUCUUCGGAUCCAGGCAGUGAUAAUAUUUUGGUCACCAUCGAUUAUGGUUCCAUGGAUAUGGAUGAAGACUUGUCUGUCGAUAGUCUGGGUAUUGUCGAAGAAGAAGAACCAGAGGAGAACCUCAAGAAAAUGGAUUAUUUACAAGUGCCAAGCAGAAAUGUACGCAUGUCAAAAAUCAAAGAAGAACGUAGCAAAGAAUCCCUUCUCAAAUCUUCGGAAUCUCUGUUACGGCGCGUCUUAAAUCCUUUCCAAGUUCAUCAUGUUCAGCAUACAGAUACAGGAACAGCAACAAAUAGUGCCAUAUCGUCGAUGAAUUCACUGCGUGAAUAUAAUGUCGAUACAUCCGGUGAUUAUGGUUCGUGGCAGCAACAGCCCGAAUCAGAUUAUGGUGAUACAGGAACACCGCGUGAAUAUCGUUACGAAGAUCUAAUUAAAAAUGAAUCCAUUAAUGAGGACAAUAAUUAUUAUGACGGCGAUGGUGGGGAUGAUAUUGGUGGUGUUAUAAUAAAUCGUGUUGAGGAAGACGAUGUUGAUGAUGAUGAUUUGGUAAAUUUCAGUUAUGAUGUUGCCCUAUCGGCUCGCUGGUCCAGUGACAAUGAUAAUCGUUACUAUAGAAGUGUUGAUUAUUUAAAUUAA